AUGACGUCCAUCGACGAUCUCGCCAGGCGCUUGGAACAGAUCGACAGUAACUUUGACAAAGACACCCAACUCAAGGGCCAGUCGUUUGACAAGACGGAGAAUAACAGCUUCGGGGUCCCAGACUCGACCGAUUUCACAGUCUUCCUCUCCUUCGAACCCCAGUGGCCGGACAAAGUCCCUGGCAAUUCGGCCGACGAUGCCCCGACCAAGUUUCCGAGCCCGCUGCAAAGAGCCUUCAAGCAGGUCCUGAAGGCUGGCCUAGACACCGAUAAGAAAAAGUGCUUCAUUGACCUCGCGACCUUGUUCGACCUCACGACCCCGAGCCCUCCGAGCGGUUUCUUCACAGAAGGUGGCCAAGAGAGCGUCGCAAGCGCCUUGCUAAGCGCGGUGGACGAGAUCGAUCCGGAAGUGCAACCCGUCAUUCGCAUCGUCUGCGGUGAGUGGAGUGACGACGCUCCCAGCAAAUGGGAGGAAGAUGGCAAGUGGAGGAAGACUUUCGAGGAGAUCUUCUGGGACGGUCAGGGCAAGUCACGUCUCAAGAAGAACAAGAAAGCCAUCGUGUGUGUUGGCUACUAUCGUCCCAUUCUUGCGACGGUCAACAAAGAAGGGACAUACGCUCCUACAGAGCAAUGGUUGAAGGACAGGCUCGGCGACGUUACAAACCUGGUCAAACAACUGAACUCUUUCGUGACUGGUCUCCCGAACACCGAAAGGUUGACCAGUGCCAUGCAGAAAUUUGAUGCAGCAUCAUACCUUACUACUUUGAUAAAGUCCGGCUAUCUCCAGAAACAUAUCAGUUGGAACCACGGGAAGGUCCUUGCUGUCAACGGUAAGACAAUGAUGACGGGCGGUGGAAACUACUGGAAUUGUUACAAGGGUGAUCAGCACGAUAUCAUUGAUCAACAAGCAAAGGUGACUGGUGAGGCUGCUAUCUCUGCGCAUCGAUGGGCAGACUACUUCUGGGACUACCUCAAUAACAUACCAGGCUCGGACAGCCAGUCGUUUCGGCGAAGCGCCAACCUCAGCGAGCCUCCCAAGUGGACAGAAGCGGUCGCACCACGCUUACCGACCUUCGCAAAAGACAUUCGGUACGGGAAUAAGAAAGUUUUGACCGUCUCAAGAAUUGGUGACUGGCAUGGCAAGAUGAAGGGUGUAGCAUAUCCCAUUGGCAUCGUCGACGCGCUACGCGACGCCCUCUUGAAUGGUGUAUACUUGUACUUCCACAAUGGAGGGCCGCGACAGCAGGGAGCCAUGACGAUUCUCACCUAUGCGAUAUUGACUGAGGACGGCGAAGCGCUCAGGAGAUUGACUGAAGCGGCCACUAACAUCAAGCGCGGCGUCGGUGGCGCGGUCCUCGACUGGUUUGCGUCCUUGACCAGACCCGAGCCAAGUUUGGAAAAACAGGGUAGCUUCAAUCCCUAUCAAACGCUCAACGUGAACCCCAACGCAUGGGCGAGCCGGUUCGCUCGGGUCUGCGCUAUUGCCAAUGCCAAAGAGAGCGUUAUCCUUUGUCAGCACCGUCUGGCAUGUCCACCCUACGCUGGAGAAAAAGUCACUAAUUUACUCAAUGAGAAAUGGAGGUUGCAAGAUCCAAAUAAAUGGGACGGGUAUCUCUGGCCGUUUGAUCUGCUAAUUGCGUUCGGCUAUGCUCUGGCCAGAACCAGAAAUACCAAGACCGGAUCAGCAAAAAUCACCAUCGUGCUGGCGACCCAUUGUCAGGACGGAACCCGAGGCGAUUGGGAGGACAAAGCGUCCAUCGGCGACCUGAAGAAAAAGCUUAAGGUGGUUAUGAGAGGUAUGGCCCACCUGAAUAGUUUCACCAGGCUCGUCCCGAGCUUCUUUACGAAUGCAGCGGCAGCAGCCGAUGUCUUCACCCACGUCGAUCCAGUGCCAGAGAACUUGAUUGACAAGGUUGUUGACGAGCGCUUCAUUGUCAAACGAGCACUGGGAAAUAUCAAGUGGUAUUACAACCACUGCAAGAUCGUCUGCGUGGACGGCAGAUUACUGUAUGUUGGAAGCGACAACGCCUAUCCUUCGUUCAAUGAGGAGCAUGGGGUGUGGAUAGAAGACGCAGCCGAGGUGGACUCCUGGAAGAAGAAAUUUUGGAACGGAAUGGAAGCAAGAGCCGUUGUGCCAACCGAUGAGCCGGAAAAGUAA